AUGAAUCCCAACGAAUCCAAUACUUGUUCGCUGGGAAUGCGAAUACUAUGUAGAAAAGCAGACCGCAUGAAACGACACGCGAUUCUCCAUUUUGAUAAUCUCAGUUCCGGCGACGAAUCGGUAGACGAACUUCUGUGCCAACACUUUCUUAAUGAUAUUCUUGUGGUAACAAUACCUCAACGCUCGGCUCAGUUCACAGUAAUUCAUAUUAUGCUUAUUCUUCCGCAGACCCCACAGUCGCGCCACCUCUUCAGCCGACACCAGUUUGAACUCACCGUCAUUGUUGGUCCACGUGAUUAUAUAUACAUCACCCGAACGGACACAACAAUGAAUAACUCAUCCUAUCAUCAGAUGGUUAACGACAGGAAACGCAUCCAAAUGGAGGCAGAGAUGAAUCGGUUUGAACAAGAGAUCAGUUCCCGACCGACAGCCUAUACGGGCCCACACGUGCCCUCUGCAGGACACACACACUUCACCGGCAAUACUAUGUCAGCCCCGCCCACCACUAAUGUCCAGUUCAUACCACACGCCAUCCAAAGACAACAACCUCUUAGAACCGGUCAAAAUCACCACCAAAUGCAUCAACAAAUGCAAACAUCUUAUGAUAAUUCAUCAACAAAUGCGGGUAAUAUAAUGGCCAUCAGUGGACAGACAUCUGCGGCGACUCCGGGAACAGCUUUAGGCACCGCUGGCGGCUCUUCGGGCGCACCGGUGGCCAAGAGGUCAAAGACGAGCGCCGCAGACAAAGGCAAAAAGCCAAAGAAGAUGUUGCGAAUGGCCGGCGGAACCGUUUGGGAGGACAACACACUCGCGGAGUGGGAUUCCGACGACUUUCGCAUCUUUUGCGGCGAUUUAGGCAAUGAUGUGACGGACGAUGUGUUGAGCCGUGCGUUCAAUCGGUUCCCGUCUUUCGUAAAGGCGAAAGUCAUUAGAGAUAAGAGAAGUAACAAAAGCCGUGGCUAUGGGUUCGUCAGCUUUAAAGACCCGCAAGACUUCACCCGCGCUAUCAAAGACAUGAACGUGGGCAAAUAUUUUUGA